GGCCGAGACGGAGGCCAAAAGGAAAGGCGCCGCGGACGGCCCGCCUAGCCCGGGGCUGCCGGUGCCCGCGGAAGCCGCGGGAGGCACCAGGGGGCGCUGCCUGCCCACCUCCUUGCGCGGGCAGCGCAUCCGGAGGGAGGCGCGGGUGGGCAGCUGGGGCGGCCUCUCCAGAGGGAGUGCAGGGCGGCCCGCCCCGCAGAGGGAUCCGGCGGCGGUCGGUGAGGAGCCGUGCCGCGCCGAGCGAGCGAGCGAGCGAACGCAUUCCUUCAGCCGCUGCCGGCCACCCGCAUGGCCUCGCCCCUGCUGCUGCUGCUGCUGCUGCCCGCCUUGGCGAGUCUCUCGCCGUGCGCAGCCCCGCCGCCCAGCCCGGCCGGAGCCAACGGCAGCGCACCGGCCCCGGCCGUCCUGACAGUGGCCAUGGUGCUGCCCGAGCACAACCCCAACUACCCCUGGGCGCUGCCGCGCGUGGGCCCCGCCGUGGACCUGGCCUUGGAGGCGCUGGAGCCUGUGCUGCGGGCCGCCGGGCUGGCGGUGAAGAAGGUGUUCGCCACGUCCGAGCUGAACGGCGCCUGCUCCGAGUCGGUGGCGCCGCUCAAGGCCGUGGACCUGAAGCUUUACGACAACCCGGACGUGCUGCUGGGCCCGGGCUGCGUCUACCCGGCGGCCGCCGUGGGGCGCUUCGCCUCGCACUGGAGCCUGCCGCUGCUCACCGCCGGCGCCGUGGCCGCGGACUUCAGCCGCAAGCAGGAGCACUUCAGCACGCUGGUGCGCGUCGGUCCGUCCGCCCCCAAGCUGGGCGCCUUCGUGGCCCACCUCCACGGGCACUUCAACUGGAGCUCCCGCGCCGCCCUGAUCUACGUGGACCGCAAGACCGACGACCGCCCCUUCUACUUCACCAUCGAGGGCGUCUACGAGGAGCUGCGCCACGCCAGCCUGGCCGUCGGUUACCAUAUCUACGCUCCCCGCGACAACGGCAGCGCCGCCGGCGACGAAGCCGGAGGCCCGGACGCGGCCGUCCAAUUCAUCCGAGCUAAUGGGCGAGUCAUCUACAUCUGUGGUCCCCUGGAGAUGCUGCACCAAGUCAUGCGUCGAGCCCAGUAUGAGAGCAUGACCAGCGGUGACUAUGUCUUCUUCUACUUGGAUGUCUUUGGAGAAAGCCUGCAAGGGGAAGGGAGACAGGGAGCUGCCAAGCCCUGGCAGAACAAGGAGGGCCAGGACUCCAGCGCCCUUCGAGAGGCCUUCCAGACGGUGCUGGUGAUUACCUAUCAUGAGCCCCAAACUUCGGAGUACCAAAGCUUCCAGAAUCAGCUGAUCCUGCGGGCUCGGCAGGAUUAUCAGGUGGAGCUCAGUGGUUCACUGAAAAACCUGGUGGCCGGCUGCUUCCAUGAUGGCCUGGUCCUCUACACCAUGGCCCUCAACGAGACCAUCAGCGAGGGCGGAACCAAGUGGAACACCAGCCUCAUCCUGGAGAAGAUGAAGGGGCGCAAUUUCCAGGGCGUCACUGGGACCGUGAGCAUGGAUCAGAACAACGACCGGAACACCGACUUCAACCUGUGGGCCAUGGCGGAUGUGAAGAGCGGCGAGUACCAGGUGGUUGGGCACUACAUCGGAUCGGAGAAGCAGUUGAAGUGGCUGGGGCCCAUCCACUGGGUGAAGGGGGAGCCGCCUCUCGAUAACCCCCCCUGUUUCGACAUGGACGACCCCUCCUGUGACAAAAGCACGCUCAGCACCCUAGCAAUCAUGGCCCUGGGAGCCGGACUCACCUUCAUCAUGUUUGGGGUUUCCAGCUUCCUGAUCUUCAGGAAGCUGAUGCUGGAGAAGGAGCUGGCCAGCAUGCUGUGGCGGAUCCGCUGGGACGAGCUGCAGUUUGGGAGCUCGGAGCGUUAUCACAAGGGGGCAGGCAGUCGGCUCACGCUCUCGCUGCGCGGGUCAAGUUACGGCUCCCUCAUGACUGCCCACGGCAAAUACCAGAUCUUUGCCAACACGGGACUCUUCAAGGGAAACGUGGUGGCCAUUAAGCACGUCAAUAAGAAACGGAUCGAGCUGACGAGGCAGGUGCUCUUCGAACUGAAACACAUGCGGGAUAUCCAGUUCAACCAUCUGACACGGUUCAUCGGGGCCUGUAUUGACCCGCCCAACAUCUGCAUCGUGACGGAGUACUGCCCCCGCGGCAGCUUGCAGGAUAUUCUGGAGAACGAGAGCAUCAACCUGGACUGGAUGUUUCGCUACUCCCUCAUCAACGACAUUGUCAAGGGCAUGGCCUUCCUGCACGGCAGCAUCAUCGGCUACCACGGCAGCCUCAAGUCUUCCAACUGUGUGGUGGACAGCCGCUUUGUGCUCAAGAUCACGGAUUACGGCCUGGCCAGCUUCCGCCAGAGCCACGAGAGCGAGGGCAAUCACGCGCUCUAUGCCAAGAAGCUGUGGACGGCACCAGAGCUGCUGCAGAAGGGGACCCUGCUCAUGCCCCCUCCAGCAAUGCAGAAGGCAGACGUAUACAGCUUUGGGAUCAUUCUGCAGGAGAUCGCGCUGCGCAACGGGGCCUUCUACGUGGAGGGCAUAGAUCCUAGUCCCAAGGAGAUUGUGCAGAAGGUGUGCAACAGCCGGCCGCCCUACUUCCGGCCCACCAUUGACACCCGCCUGCACAGCGAGGAGCUGGCUGUCCUGAUGGAGCGCUGCUGGGCUCAGGACCCGGCUGAGCGCCCGGAUUUCACCCAGAUUAAAAUCUUCAUCCGACGGUUCAACAGGGAAGGGAGCACCAGCAUCCUGGACAACCUGCUGUCGCGCAUGGAGCAGUACGCCAACAACCUGGAGAAGCUGGUGGAGGAGCGCACACAGGCCUACUUGGAGGAGAAGCGCAAGGCAGAGAACCUGCUCUACCAGAUCCUCCCCCACUCAGUGGCUGAGCAGCUGAAGCGGGGCGAGACGGUACAGGCUGAAGCCUUUGACUGUGUCACCAUCUACUUCAGCGACAUUGUGGGGUUCACUUCCUUGUCAGCCGAGAGCACCCCCAUGCAGGUGGUGACACUCCUCAAUGACCUCUACACUUGCUUUGAUGCCAUCAUUGACAACUUUGAUGUCUACAAGGUGGAGACUAUUGGCGAUGCCUACAUGGUAGUGUCUGGCUUGCCUGUUCGAAACGGCAAGCGUCAUGCCCACGAGAUCGUCCGCAUGGCCCUCGCGCUUUUGGAGGCCGUGAAAACAUUCCGCAUCCGGCACCGGCCCAGCGAACAGCUGCGCCUGCGCAUUGGCGUCCAUUCUGGGCCGGUGUGCGCUGGAGUGGUGGGCCUCAAGAUGCCGCGCUACUGCCUUUUUGGGGACACAGUCAACACAGCUUCACGCAUGGAGUCCAACGGGCAGGCCUUGAAGAUCCACAUCUCUUCCACCACCAAGGAGAUCCUGGAUGAGUUUGGCUGCUUUGAGCUGGAGCUGCGGGGUGAUGUGGAGAUGAAGGGCAAAGGCAAGAUGAGGACGUACUGGCUGCUGGGUGAGAAGAGCACAGCCGUCAUCUGAUGGGGCUGCUCCCUCCCCCUCUGGGUACUGGGCAGCGGCUCCUCCCACUAGGAUGCCUGGGAAUUCACCUUGCCGCAGAGCGCGGAGCGAGAAGGGGCCGGCCUGCGGGAGAGGAUGGCCCCCAGCCACCAAGGGUCUUCCCCACCCAGCCUACAAACGCUGUGCAGCAGGUGCUCAAGAACCCAUCUGCCUGAGCCCAGGCCACACGAUGCCCUUUGCCCAGCGGGGGUUCCUGGCCCCGGCCAAUGCCCCCUCCUGGUUCAGCUGGCUGAGCCAUCCUUCCGCCCCUGCUGCUUACUUUUUUCCUCUGAUUGUAAAUACAGGAAUCAGGCGAACGAUUUUGUCAAAACAGAAAGAGGGAGGGGGAGACCAGAGCCCCCCCCCCCCCAUUCAGCUGGAGAAAGGAUGGCAGUCCAGCCCUGGCAUGCUUUUUUGGCUGGGGAACAACAAGGAAGUUUCCUGGCAACAGCCCUGGAGUUGUUGGGGAUUCAGCUCUUGCAGUAAUUUAGGAGGGGAGUCGGCUGUUCAAGGAGGGGUCUUCAUAUCCCUCUCAGUUCCUGCCCCCACCUGCACUGGCUUGGUGCUUUCCCACUGGCCCAGAUGGUGGCAAGGAAUGUUUCUAGAGCUUGGGAUAGUUCUCUGAGUCGUACGGCAAGGGCUGGUCAAGGUAUUCGGGGACAGGGGUGGUGAACGUGGCACACUUCUUGAAAGGGGUGUCACCCGUCCGGAUGCUGGAGGUGCCCUGCAGAGAGGGGGAAAGAGGCCUGAAGACCGUCCUCCUCGUGUGCGUCACCAGCCCCAUGUUUUCUGGCUCAAGCUGCCCAGCCAGAACAUACCCUCCACACGGGAACAACAGGUGCCCGGGCUGCCUGCCAGCCAGCCGUGUCCUUUUCAGCCUUUUCAAGGACGAGCCUCUGGGGGGAAGGGCAGUAGAGGGCUGCUGAGCACAGGUUGGCACAGGACAGGGUGGCACUCACCGGCACCUCUUGGGCAUGUUCGAGCCAGAAGGUCUGUGGUUGCUCCAGCCGAUAGUCGUGGGGCUGCAGAGAGGAGAGGAGAAGUCCCAUGGCAGCCAGGAGCCUUCUGGGGGUGUCCAGUGAGGGAGGCGAUGGACAGCCUGGCCGUUCUUCCAGCACAAAGGGGCCCUUACCUGAGUGGGGAGCGGGGGCAUGGAAAGGACGCCCUCCUGAUUAUAGUCCCGGUGGGUGAUGGAGGUGGACUCGAGGGGCUGGGGUGGUGGGUAGACGUCGUCCUCCAGGAGGCUCUUGCUGCAGACAAACAGCAAGGGCAGCUGAGCCAGGGGCAGUGCUUUGCCAAGGAAGGCCCUGCACGCAGCCAGGGCGCUGGCUGCAGAGCCGACUCUCUUGGCCCUCCCGGGGCAGAGACGGCCUCCGGGGUCAAUGGGUGCUUCCGCUGUGCCGGCAAGCCUCACGGAGGGACCUCCAGCACUGUCUGCAGCGCCGACCCCGGGAGAUCUUUUUCUAUCACCAGCAAUUUGGGAAACAAAAGGCUCGGGAGCCAAUGCAGCCACAGGCACAAUAGGAAACUCAUCCCUCCAGUCAGUUUCCUGGACAGAUUUUAUAUGUUCACUUUUUAGACAAAGACAGUGGACUGGUGAGGCUUCAUUUUUCAAUUUGUUGUCCAAACGUUUUAAGAAUAAAAUACAGCACCCA